CAAACAAAGCACUCAACCCUUUGAAUAAUAAAAAGGCGCACUCUUUUCUAACACUUGUCUUUCUUCUCACUUUCCUCUUCUCUUUUUCCCUUUCUCCGCCAUGGAUUCUCUCGCUCUCUUUGCCACCGCUUCCCUUCUCGCCGGCGGCCUUUACUGGUUCGUUUGCAUCCUUGGCUCCGCCGAGGUUAAAGGUAAACGCGCCGUGAACCUUUCCGGCGGUUCAAUAGCCAAAGAAAAAGUCCAAGACAAGUACAAACAGUACUGGUCUUUCUUUCGCCGUCCUAAAGAAAUCGAAACUACCGAAAAUGUCCCUGCUUUUGUUGACACUUUCUAUAACCUCGUUACUGAUAUUUACGAAUGGGGUUGGGGUCAGUCUUUUCAUUUUUCCCCUGCAAUCCCCGGAAAAUCUCAUCGUGAAGCCACGCGUAUUCACGAGGAGAUGGCCGUGGAUCUCUUGGGCGUCAAGCCCGGAGCCCGUGUUUUGGAUGCAGGCUGCGGGGUUGGCGGACCGAUGCGAGCUAUCGCCGCUCAUUCGGGCUCCAACAUUGUUGGCAUCACCAUUAAUGAGUACCAAGUAAACCGGGCCCGGGCCCACAACAAGAAAGCGGGCCUGGACUCACAGUGUGAAGUUGUUUGUGGUAAUUUCCUACAAAUGCCAUUUGCUGACAACAGUUUUGAUGGAGCUUACUCCAUUGAAGCAACAUGCCAUGCACCAAAACUAGAAGAAGUAUACAGCGAAAUAUACCGGGUCUUGAAACCUGGAUCCAUGUACGUAUCCUACGAAUGGGUAACAACCGAAUUAUACAAUUCGGAUGACCCGGAACACGUAGAGAUAAUCCACGGUAUUGAAAGGGGUGAUGCAUUACCUGGUUUAAGAAGUUACAGUGACAUUGCUGACGUGGCUAGGAACGUUGGAUUUGAAGUAGUGAAGGAGAAAGAUUUAGCUAAACCGCCAGCGAACCCGUGGUGGACGAGGCUGAAAAUGGGGAGAAUUGCUUACUGGAGAAACCAUAUUGUUGUUACAGUACUUUCUUGGCUUGGUAUUGCACCUAAAGGUACAGUAGAUGUGCACAAAAUGCUGUUUGUGACUGCGGAUUAUUUGGCUAAAGGUGGUGAUAAAGGGAUUUUUAGUCCUAUGCAUAUGAUUUUAUGCAGAAAGCCUGAAGAACAGUAGCCAUCUUCAGAUUAGGAGAUUGACUAUGAAGGUUAAUUUCAGAGUACUGUUGUUUUAUUUGGUGAUCUUUGUUCUUAUUUUUAUUUUUUUGGGUUUAUUGGAUUUAAUUUAAUGGCAUUUUUGACCUUUUUCUGUUUCUUUGUAUAAUUUCUAGCUUGAUAUAUUGCUUUUGUUGUAUUAGAAGAUAACUUUGGUUAUUUGUUCCAAGGCCUAAACUAGUAAAGAAUCCAUCUUUAGUUAAA